AUUGCAACUUUGUAGGUUAGUUUCACGCCGGAGCUCGGAGCGAAUACCGGGUCCUGAGCCGCAUACCUGGAUGGAGCAACAGCCACAAAGUACACGCGGCUGUAUUAACGGAGCCCGAGGGUCCCCAAUGAAUCUAAAUAUUCAAAGCACGACAGGCACCCGGUAUGAGUUGUCCGUGCCGCCGGAGGAGACGGUGGACGGUCUGAAAAGGCGAAUCUCCCAGCGGCUUAAGGUGCCCAAGGAAAGACUGACUCUACUUCACCGGGAGACGCGUCUAAGUACCGGAAAACUCCAAGAUUUUGGCAUUUGCGAUGGGAGCAAACUAACCCUACUGCCCAGUGUGGAGGCAGGCCUCAUGUCACAGAUGUCCCGCCCGGAGCAGUCUGUGAUGCAGGCUCUGGAGAGUCUGACGGAGACACAGGUGAAUGACUUCCUGUCUGGCCGAUCACCUCUUACGCUAGCUCUGCGUGUCGGUGAUCACAUGAUGUUUGUGCAACUCCAGCUAGCAGCUCAACAGGCAGGAGGGUCCCAUGUUCAGCACCGCCACCUCAUCACAAGGGGAACUGAACCCAAUGGAGCCCCCCACUACCGUACCGUACACACCAGUACAGCACCGACCCUCUCUCGUUUAGCAAGCUGCACACCAAGCUCUCCAUCUACGUCAACGCAAGAUUCUUCCGCACAUCGCGAUGCACCUCACACUGCCUCAGUUACCACCAGUGUCUUCCGUUCCCAUGGAGAGGGUGUAGCAGUGUCAUCGUGUGCAGAGCAGGUGCCAUGUAGUAGCCGAAACAGUGAGGGUGCUGGUUCUCCUACAUCAGCCAGACCUCGGAAGCCUGGAGCCAUUAUAGAGAGCUUUGUUAACCAUGCCCCCGGUGUCUUCUCAGGGACCUUUUCUGGCACUUUACACCCCCAUUGCCAGGACAGUGCAGGACGUCCACGCAGGGAUAUUGGGACAAUUUUACAAAUUCUUAAUGACCUGCUAAGUGCCACCCGUCACUACCAGGGCAUGCCACCAUCGCUAACCACACUCCGUUGUCACACCCAGUGUGCCUCCCAGGUCAGGACAGUCAAGCCUACCUCACCCCAAAAUAUGGAACCCCAGCCAGUAUCUCAUCCAACAGGGAACUGCCAGGCCCAGAACCGCCUAAGCAAACCCACAGGGGAUCGGCUGCGUCAAACUGAGAACCGUGCAACACGCUGCAAAGUUGAACGUCUGCAGCUUCUCAUGCAUCAGAAGAGACUGCGUCGAAAGGCACGCAGGGACUCCAGGGCUCCCUAUCACUGGUUGCCCACACGCAAGUCGAGUCGGACCAGCAGUAACAGCAGUGCGUCCAGUGCAGAUGGUAGCCUGGAGAUGGACUUUGAAGACUCUGUAUGGAAACCUGAUGUGAAGGCUGAACUGAAUUCGGAGUUUGUGGUGGCAUGAGGGGGUUGUGUGUGGCCACAGCAUUCCUAUUUUUAUUUGUGCUGUAUAGGGAGGUGCUACCUACAUUACAUCAUAUGGACCAGAGGAUGAUGUAGACAUUAUUUCCAUUUUUUUUUUUGCCUGGGGUGAUUGUGAUUGAGAAAGAUUAAAAAAAAAAUAAAAACUAAUAGAAAAACUCAGAAGUGGUGUGCGGGGAUUUAGAACUUGAAUUCCAAUAACAUUUUCUGCCUUAAACGCUGGGACCUGGAGCGUUACAGGAUAAAGCUGUGGAGUGUGAAGGCAAUAAAUCACACUCUUAUUCCAGAAGACUGAGGGACCACACUCCUUGAGCUGAUGUAUUGUGUUACUGAUACACAGUAGGGAACACUUAGAGCCUGGCCUGACGACGCAGAGUUUAUUUGUCCCUGGCCGGAAACUCAGACAUGCUGCUGUUCAGGAAAUAUCUGCCUUUAUGGGACCUUGUGUUUGGAAUUGCCAGAAGAAGGGGCACCAGGGACUUAUAUACCAUACCCCUAAACCUCAUCAAUGUUAAAUGUAGCAUCAUCCACUUAUUAUGGACCCCUUAUCCCUCAUUUGACUUGUUCAGGAGUGACGUGCUUGCCGUCACUUCCCGUUGCCUUCCCCUUCUUAAAAGUAAUGGAGAGACUG